UCUUCCUCAGACGCUCUGAUCCUUCCAACCAGACUGCAGCUCUUUGAAUACACCUCCGUCUCUAUUAACUGUGAGGGUUUCAACUCCACCUCUGGCUGGGCCGUGAUGAGGAAGGUGAAGGGGAAGGUGAGUGAGUGUGUCAGCACCUGGGUGACCACGCCGCCGUCCGUCUGCGCCAUCAAACCUGUUUACACCACGGACAGCGGAGAGUACUGGUGUGAGUCCGGAGAGCGGAGGAGCAACGCCGUGACCAUCACCGUCACCGCCGGAGCCGUGAUCCUGGAGAGUCCUGCUCUGCCGGUGCCAGAGGGAGACGCUGUGACUCUGAGCUGCAGGAGCAGGACCACCUCCUCGCCCCUCGUGGCCUACUUCUAUAAGGACGGGGUCCUCCUGGGCUCCAGGUCCUCAGGACAGAUGACCAUCAGCAGCGUGUCUAAAGCCAACGAGGGACUCUACAAGUGCAGCGUCUCUGAGUUCGGAGAGUCGCCUCAGAGCUGGCUGGCUGUCAGAGCGGUCCACGCAGAGACUCGUCCCUCCUCAGAUCACUCCUGUCACAUUUACCUCACCUUAAGGACCAUUUUCACUAUUUUAAUGGUGGCUCUGCUGCUGCUCCUGGUGGGACUGCUGCACUGUGGGAAACUCAGAGUGACACAGAAAAUAACUGUGGCACCCUCGCAUGUGAAGGCUACUGCUGAAGUGAACGACACAGAGAACACUGAGCUUAAUGAAUGACUUAUCGCUGAGAUAAUUAAGUAGUAAAUCUACCAUCAUGCCUUGCAGGAUCAGGAUACUGUCGCAAGAAGCAUCAGCACUCCCUAUUCCUUUAUGUUGGUGGUUUUUUAAGAGUGUUUUAUUAUUUUACUCACUUUUAUCUGCUUUUUAUGCAGCUUAACCCUUUAGAGUUUUGGGCUAUUUUGGUGAUUUUUGGCUCUUUUUCAUGCUGCCUGUAUAUAAACUUAAAAAAAUGUUUACAGUGUCAUGUUGGUAUAAUGUCUUUCAGCA